AUGGUCGACGGUACUCACCGGACACCAGAUAACUCGGCGCCAGUGAGCCCGAGUCGACCCUUUGUCAAUCGUGUCCGGGUCGCCUGCAAAGCCUGCAACGCUAGACGGGUCAAAUGUGACGCCGAUCAAGGACAGCCAUGCUGGCAAUGCCGUACGCGGCAAAUACCUUGCGAACUCAUUGAGUCCAAAAGGGGCAAAUAUGUUCGUAAGAGACGAGCUCAUCCAGCCAGCGAGACUUCAUCGCCCCAUGUCGAACCGCGACGUGGUCCAUCUAACACAGAAGAGACAUUUGCUCAUGUCUAUGGCGUUGAGGAAGCUGAUGGGUCACUUGCAUCAUCCCAUCAGGAGACACCACAAGAUGUCAGCCAAGGCCUUUCGCCAUUCGACUCCUGCGGUGCACAAGGAACCCCGGCUUCAAUACCACAUCAAUCACAACCAAACUCACAUGCGAAUCCUUUUGUGGACAAGUCCAGUCUCUCCUACAUUGUCGAAGUCGUUCACCGACCCAAAGACGGCUCAACAGAGCCCCUGAGAGUACACUAUCCCAUCCCUGCAUCGAUCAUAGAUCAGUCAACGCCCAAUCUUGGCCCUAGGGCACCAGAUGAUCCGAUCUCAUGGCGAGAAGCUCUUGUGAUGCCACCUCCUGAAGUGGCAGAUCAACUAGUCCGCAUCUUUUUCGAUACCACACACGUUGCCUUCCCUGUCUUUGACCGGCAAAACUUCACGCGGUUGUACCUCCAAGGCAAAGCUUCUCCGCUUGUAUUGCAGACGAUCUUCCUUCUGGGCUUCAUGGUCGGCAGCGAUGAUCUUGUUCAAGCAGGAGGCUUCAAUGACAGAGCUAUCGCUAGAAUGACACAUUAUCUCCGCGCCAAGGCAUUGUACGACGCCGAUUACGAUGCCGACCGAAUGAAUGUUGUAGCUUGCUUGCUUUUGAUCGGCUUCUGGUGGGCCGGUUAUGACGAGCAGAAGGAUCAUUGUCAUUGGGUUGGCUGUGCGACGACUUUUGCGCAGUCCAUGGGCAUGCAUCGCUCGAUGUCUCAGUCCACGUUCAGUCCUCACACAAAGUCUCUCAGGAAGAGAAUCUGGUGGGCGAUUUACACCCGUGAACGGCAUCUCUCUGCAGCGUUUGGUCGGCCAUGUCGCAUCCGUGACGAAGAUUGUGACGUUGAGCCCCUGGAUGAGGAUGACUUUGACUUUGAUUUGGAUUACGACCAAAGACUUAUUCCCACUCAACAAGAAUACCACGUAUCCUAUGUUCUUGAGAUGACAAGGUUGGCAGCAAUACUUGGCGACGUGCUCAUUUCAGAGUUUAGUCCUCGUCGUCCCAUGACAGAGCAAUUCGAGACGCAAACCCUCAAAGAGAAGCUUUUGGAAUGGGAAGUCAAAUUGCCAGGCAGUCUCCGGAUGUCGCCUCUUGACGGUACACUCGGGGCCCCUUUUUGGGCUAGCAUGCUGCAUUUCAACUAUCAAUACUGUCAAAUACUUCUGUUUCGCCCAAAGUCCAUCGAGAUAGUCUCCGAGGAAGAAAAGGAACGAGACUCGCGAGCACGCAUGGCAGCAGACGCCAUCACUCGUAAUGCAGAAGACCAACUUUCUGCGGAUACCAUUCAACAUGCACAAAUCCAUCUAGUGCCGGCUUUGUUCGGCGCCCUGUCCAUGCACACCAUCGAAAUUUGCCGCAAGGACUCAAUUCGCCGACAGCUGGCGGAGAACAAAUCACGCCAGUGUCUCUUGGCGCUGGGAGAAUUAUCAAAGUCCUGGCCAGUAAGGAUCUGGAUCUCGAAAUCAUUCGUCAGUCUGAUGACGAGAUUGACUGGCCAAGACUCAGCCCCCUCUGGCGGUGCUAUCGUCCGAGUCUCUUCCAGCAUUCACCCUACGAGCCCAGGUGGUCAAUCUCUUCACGGGAUUGCUAGUAACAACCAGUCCGCUUCUGGUGGUGAGAGUGGGCACCAGGACACGACUCCAACGCUCAACGAUGGCUCACAAACUCGGGACUUCGACCCUUAUGACAUCACUCAAGCAAACCCCCAUCUGUUUUAUGACAGCUUUUGGACCUCAUAUCUGGACAAUGCCUUUGAUGUGGACUUACUCAUCCAUCCUAAUUCGGGUCUUUUUUGA